CGCCCACACGGAAAGAUCGUGUCCAAUAGGAGGAGGAGGCGAAAUCUGACGCAAUCCUCGCGCGUGGAAAUCGGACGUCCAAUUGUGUUUCCUGUCGCUCACAUGGCUCUCGCGGUUGUGCGCUAACAUAUUUCACUAUUUAUUGACGUAUUUAUUAAUUUAUUCGGUGAGGAUGAUCAUUUCCACGAACGAGGGCAACCCGAACGCGCUGAAGCUGAUCGUCGCGGCGAAGCUGGCCCAGGAGGCCGUCUCUGUCAGGAUUCUGAAGCCCAGCGACGCUACCCUGGGCCGUUUGCCGACGCUGACUACACCCACAGGAUUGUCCCUGUUCAGCGUCUCGUCAGCGCUGCGUCUCCUGUUGUCCGUGCCUAAAGAACUGGAGGUUCUCAACGACAGAUGGUUGGAGUGGGAAAUUUCUCAAUUACAGCCAGUCAUAUUAAGUCACGCAGGCGCGAAGACUUCUAAGACUCCACAGAAAUCCGACUUAUGGUCUUUACUAAAAGAUCUCAAUAGUGAACUGAAAGACAAGCAGUACUUAAUUGAGAAAUGUAGUAAUUUAUCACCAGCAGAUAUAUCUAUUUGGGUAAGUCUUUGGAGCACCAUAUUGGUUACAGAUAUCGCAAAUGAUAUUACCAAGGACUUACCAAAUGUCAAUAGCUGGUUAGCUAAUAUUCAGAAGCAGUCAGUUAUUCAGCAAUCAAUUAAGGAAUUUACUGAAAUGUUGAAAUUGGAGAGAGGUGCAAAGGCUAUUGCGAGCAUUGAAGCUGCUUCUUGGUUUCCUGUCAAUACUUCGAAUAUCCAAGUCCGCGAAUCAGUACCUGGUGACAUUAGCCCAACUAAGGAAAAAGAGGUGGAGAUCAAAGAGGAACUUAAUCAAGAGGAACUUUGUAAUGUGGCAAAGAGUUGGAGCACUGAACAGUAUCCGGAAGUGAAGGAAAGUUCAUAUCCUAUACUGCCUAAAAAGGGUGAACGAAAUGUGUUGAUAACGUCGGCUCUUCCCUACGUUAAUAACGUUCCGCAUCUAGGAAAUAUUAUCGGCUGCGUUCUUUCGGCCGAUAUCUUUGCAAGGUAUUGCAGACAAAGAAAUUACAACACUCUCUACAUAUGUGGGACCGACGAGUACGGCACCGCGACUGAAGCAAAAGCUCUGCAAGAGAAAACGACACCUCAGGCUAUCUGCGAUAAAUUCUUUGACAUACACAACGAUGUUUAUCGCUGGUUUGGCAUCGGAUUUGACUAUUUCGGCCGCACAACUACACCCGAGCAGACAGAAAUCGUUCAAGCGUUUUUCCUAAAAAUUAAAUCGCAAGGCUACGUGUUGUCCGAGACCGUGGAGCAGCUUCAUUGCGAAUCCUGCGAUCGGUUUCUCGCCGAUAGAUUCGUGGAGGGCACGUGUCCCGGAUGCAAGUACGAGGACGCGCGCGGCGACCAAUGCGACGGUUGCGGUCAUCUCGUCAACGCGGUCGAGUUAAUAAACCCUCGAUGUAAGAUGUGCAACACUCGACCCGUCGUGAAAAACUCGAUACAGUUCUUCCUUGAUUUACCCAAGCUGGAGGAGAAACUGAAGGAAUAUACCGCUACCGUGGAGAAAGGAUGGUCCAACGUCGCGAGAGUGGUUUUAAAAGCGUGGCUACGCGACGGUCUUAAGCCGCGUUGCAUAACCAGAGAUUUGAAGUGGGGCAUACCGGUCCCGGUAGAGGGUUUCGAAAAUAAGGUGUUUUACGUCUGGUUUGACGCCCCUUUCGGAUAUAUCAGUAUUACUAAGAGGUAUACCAAAGAAUAUAAGAAAUGGUGGCAACCUCCUCAGGAUAUGAAAAUCGAUUUGUACCAAUUUAUGGCAAAGGAUAACGUUCCGUUCCACGCGAUAAUGUUUCCCGCUUGUUUACUAGCGGCUAAUCAAAAUAACACGUUGCUGAGAUGUUUAAUGGCAACCGAAUAUUUAAAUUAUGAGGAUAAGAAAUUCUCCAAAUCUAGAGGCAUCGGAGUGUUCGGAACCGAUGCCAGAGAUACGGGCAUUCCUGCGGACGUGUGGCGCUUUUAUUUGGCCUACAUUAGGCCCGAAACUCAAGAUUCCAAUUUUAAUUGGGUGGACUUGGCCACGAAAAACAAUAGCGAGUUACUGAAUAAUCUUGGCAAUUUUGUCAACAGAGCGCUGGUAUUCUGUGAAAAAUUCUUCGACUCUAAUGUACCACCGAUAGAGCCGGAAGAGGCCGAUUGGACUGUACUAGCGUUGGCGCAACGCGAGCUGACGUCUUACAUAAACGUCAUGGAGCAAGCCAGGUUGAGGGACGGCUUGAAGCACAUAUUGGCGAUUUCGAAGCACGGCAAUCAGUAUAUGCAAUUCCAGCAGCCGUGGGUGAAAAUCAAGGGAAACGACGAUGACAAGAAAAAGGCCGGAACUGUCGUUGCAAUCUGCUGCAAUCUAGCCUGUCUUCUGUCCGCUCUUCUGGCCCCCUUUAUGCCGACUACGGCCAAACAAUUGAGAUCUCAACUGGGUUUGAGUAACAAAAGUUACGGCUACAUCCCCGACACGAUAACAAACAUGUUACCUACUUGGCACAAAAUCGGCAAGCCCAGUCCGCUGUUCACCAAGAUCGAAGAUCAGAAGGUAGAGAUGUUGCGUAAGAAAUACGCCGGGCAGCAGGAUACUAAUGGCGAUGUAGCGAACAAAAGCUCCCAAGAAAGUAUCGCAUCGUUAGAAGCUGCUGUUACGAAGCAAGGUAAUCUAGUAAGAGAACUGAAAGCUAAAAACGACAAGAGCGUUUGGCAACCGCAGGUAGAAAUUUUGUUGGAUCUGAAAAAGAAGCUAAACGACCUCAAAAGCAGUGCGAACGCGCCCGCGAAGAAAUCGCCCGCGAAAAACAAGAAGGCCGAACCGACGCACGUGCCGGAGCAAAAUGGGGAUGCUCUGACAGACGUGGCGGCGUUGGAAUCAGCUAUCGCGAAGCAGGGCAAUCUCGUGCGAGAGUUGAAGGCUAAGGAGGACGGAAGUGUGUGGAAGCCACAAGUGGAGAUACUGUUGAAACUGAAACAGCGUUUGUCAGAUCUCACUGGAACGGCGCCAGUCGCUGUCGACAAGAAAUCCAAGAAGAAAAAAUAACUACAUUUCCUUCGUAAUAAAGCGAUGACAUUUUUUUCAUCCAUCCACGUUCUUUACGUAGGUAUUUCUUCUCGGCGCGUGCGAAGCGUGUGACGUAAUAGUAAUUCGAUUAACGAUAAAAAGUACACACGAAGCGUUUCAUUUAAUACAUUUAUUUCACCCUAUUCGCGCGUUGUGUAUCGGGGCUUAGAAGGGGAGAGGGGGGGGAUCGUGAAAAGACAUUUGUACUUUAUUUAAAGUGUGCGUUCGUUCGCACUACAUAUGACUGUCCGUAUGUAAUGAUGAUCUGAUAAACAAUUUACAUAAAAA